GCAGCUUAUUUUAGAAGUUAUCUUUUUUUAGGUUGCUGCUCCCCCAAACACACAUCCUAUUUCAGGUGUUAAGCUCCCGACUUUCUCAGAGCAUCUCCUACAUAACUUCAGCAGUACCGAGUUUCCCCUCAUGGUUCAUACCCAUUACAAGGAAGUUUACAGUAACUUUGGAAUGAGAGACAAAAUUUCAGAGUGGGAAAGGAAAACCUGAACUCUGUACCUGUAACUCCUACCUUCACUGCAAUGGAUUUUUACAAGGGGCAUUAAUUUUCUCCUCUUAAUGUUUUAAAGUUGGAAGUUGUGGCAAAGGGGGAGAAGAGACAGAGGAACUUCAAUUUUAAAAAAUUUAAAUAACAUACAAGUAUUUCAGUUUCCUGAAAGAGGUACGAAGACUGGAAGGGGAAAAAAUAUCCUUUCCCAGCCUGGUGGUCUGCUGGGACUUGGAAGAUGCCUUCCGUAAUGGAAAAAUCAGGGAUCCUGUCCAGAAGCCGGUCCAAGUCAGCCACCAACGGCAACCACCAGAACUCAGAAGAUGACAGCAGUGAAGAGGAACACUCCCACGACAGCAUGAUCCGUGUGGGAGCAGAUUACCAAGCUGUGAUUCCAGAGUGCAAACCAGAGAGCCCAGCUCGCUACAGCAACAAGGAGUUGAAAGGGAUGCUCGUUUGGUCUCCAAAUCAUUGUGUCUCUGAUGCCAAAUUGGACAAAUAUAUUGCCAUGGCCAAGGAGAAGCACGGAUACAACAUAGAGCAGGCUCUGGGGAUGCUGCUGUGGCACAAACACGAUGUGGAGAAGUCCCUGGCUGACUUGGCCAAUUUCACACCAUUCCCUGAUGAGUGGACGGUGGAGGACAAAGUCCUGUUUGAGCAAGCCUUCAGCUUCCAUGGCAAGAGUUUUGCUCGAAUCCAGCAGAUGCUUCCUGAUAAGAUGAUUCCCAGCCUGGUGAAGUAUUACUACUCCUGGAAGAAAACCCGGAGCAGGACUAGUGUGAUGGAUCGGCAGGCCCGCAAGCUGCUCAGCAAGAAGGAAAAGGAUGACAGUAAUGAUGAACUGGAGGAAGGACGGCAGGCUAGUGAGGGUGAAUUUGAUGCCAUGGAUCCCAAGAAGGAGCCUAGUUACCAGAAGCCCCUGAACAGCAAGCCAGGGCCUGUGAAGAAGGAGGUGCAACUGUCACAGUAUCGGCACCACCCACUACGCACUCGCCGGCGUCCUCCCAAGGGCAUGUACCUGAGCCAGGAGGACAUUACGGGCCUGUCUGCCAGCCCCGACAUGGCUGUUCUCACCCUGCGCCACCUGGACUCCCAGCUGGUCUCCCUCAAGCGCCAGGUACAGAGCAUCAAGCAGAUCAAUAGCAGUAUGAAGCAGGCGCUAGAAGGUGGAAUAGACAAACUACGGCCACCUGAGACAAACAUCAAGUUUAAUUCACGCUGGACAACAGAUGAACAGCUGCUGGCUGUACAGGCCAUCCGAAAAUACGGCAAAGAUUUCCACGCCAUUGCAGAGGUGAUUGCCAACAAGACAGUAGCCCAGGUGAAGACUUUCUUUGUCAGCUACCGGCGCCGGUUCAACUUGGAAGAGGUGCUGCAGGAAUGGGAGGCUGAGCAGGAGGGUGUGGGGCCGGCUGCCCCCCAGGGUAGCUCCCCUUCCCAGGACCAAAAGAGCUCUAGCGCUUCAUUAGCAAGCAGUGAGGAAGAAGACGAGGUGAGGAGAGGGGCUGCUCCCCAGUAUCAACACUGCACAGACCUCUUGAGCUUCUCCAGCACUGAAAGUUCUCCUUCUGCCCUUUUGCAGGUACAGAUCACCGCGGUGUCCCGUUCCUUGCAGCAGCAGCAGCCGCCGCCACCACUGCCCCCUCCGCCACCACUCCCAGCGUCUCCCCGGCCACCCCCUGCUGCCCUCUCACAGCCACCCCCUUUGCUGAGGCCCACACUUCCAACAGCACCCACGCUGCACCGCCAACCCCCACCACUGCAGCAAGGCCGCUUCCUGCAGCCCAGACUGUCGCUCAACCAACCGCCACCCCCACUCAUUCGGCCAGCCACCUCGCGACAAGCGCCCCGCAGUGGCCAGCACCCCCCAUCACUCCUUGGUGGGAUAGGAGAGCCCCCUCCUCCCUCCUCCAGCUCCCUCUGAGGAGGGGUUUCAGAGUGCUUCCUUUAACAUCUGUGAGCCUGGCUCCACAACAGUCACAGCUGGGAUUGGUACAGUCCUCCUCUCCCCCCACAAGGUGUGCAUCGGCUGUGGUGGUCAUGAAAAGGGAAAGGGAAGGAGGGGCUUCAGAGUCCCAACUGUUAUCUGACCCAGUUCAGGUAGCAUCCAGAAAGCUGGCAAGGAAUCCCAAUCCCCAUGUACAUUGGGGUGGGUGUGGGUUUUUUUUUCUUGGGAGGGGAGGGAAGAGAAAGAAAGUGAUAGGACUAGUAGCUUGGGGUGGGCUUGGAUUAUGUUUACACUUUUGCAGGAUCAGUUGCGUCAGUGCCUGUGUGAAUCGGGGA